CGAAAGUGUAAAUGGCAACACCUAUAAAGUAAUUACAAUUUGAAUUUGUCACUUUUGUCAGUGUGGACUGUGGAUGUGUAUUUCGUCAACUAUAAAUUUACACUGAUUAUUGAUUAAAAAAGUUUAUUUAGAACAACUAAACAUGAGUUCCGGUUUUAUAUCAGAAUCUGAAAUAUUAGAAGCGAGACGCCGUCGCCAGGAAGAAUGGGAUAAAGUUAGAACUGAGGAGCAACCGAAAGAGGCUCCAGAAGAAGCUUAUGACAGCCGACCGUUGUUCACGCGUUUAGAAGAACAGAGAUUAAAGAAAGAAGCCGAAUAUGAAGAAGCUCACAAACUCAAGAAUAUGAUCAGAGGUCUAGAUGAUGAUGAAGUCGGUUUUUUGGACUUAGUUGAGCGCACAAAGGCUGAAGUAGCUCAACAGAUAAGCAUUGAGGAGAAGAAGGAAAUGCAGGAGUUCAGAGAAAGAGUAUCAAGCCUAGCAGAGAGUGAAGAAUUAACAAGAUUAAGGGCACAGCUAGCCCCGGCUCGGACCACUCAGACCAACACUCAAACACAAAAGAAUAAGCUACAGGGGGUUGUUGUGAGAAAGCGAAAAGCGAGUGAAAUGGAGGGCGACAAACAAGACAAGGAGAAAGAAUCCCCUCCCCCUAAAAAUGGAGUCACUGCUAACAACAAACAAGACAAUAGCGGUCAAGCAGUAAUACCGGGGGAGAUGGUCGGUGCUCUACGCUGUGUCGGAGUGUUGCCCGGUCUCGGGCACUACGACACUGACACUUCCAGUGACACUGAUGACUCUAGCGACAAUGACUCUAGCGACAAAUGCUGUGUAAAGAGAGAUCUCCUCGGACGGAGGCCAGAACAAACUAGCGAGGGGAAGCGAAAGGAAGAAGGGAAAAGUUAAAUUUAAGUAAUUUAGAACUUUAAUUGUUACGUAAUAACGUUUUAAAUUGCUUAAUUUAGAUUAUAGGCCGGAUAUAAAUUACGUCGCAAAUAUUUUAUGAUAUGACACGUUGAUGUCACACGUUUGUGACGUUAAAUUGUGUGACAAUUAUCAUAUUUUUUUUAAAUAUAAAGUUAAAGAUCUGUGUGAUUUUGCUCAAUAAACUUUAUUUACGAUAGAGUAAUACAGUUGGAGAGUUACGUAAUAUCAUGCGAUGUAACUUAAUGUCACGUAUUAUUAAAUGAUGUCAUGUAAUAUCAAUCGAUGUCAUCCGAUGUUACUUAGUAUUUAACGACGUCACAUUCUAUAACAUCAUCUUUCAGUUUGUCACAUGAUACAAAAUACUGUCACGUGGCACGAAAUGUUACACGACGUCACGCUAUUUCACAUCUUGUCAAGUGAUCGUGUGACGUAAUUUAUGUAUGGCGCUCAAGCCCGUUGGCAAUUUUGAUUGAAAUGUUAUAUGUUAGUGCUAGCUUUUAUUAAGGUGUCAUUAUUUAUACAUAAAUUAUGUGAUCAGAAAUUGUCAUAUCAGCCACGUCAUUUUAUAAUUUGAUUGUUUAUUAAAUGCUAUUAU